AUGGCGAUUGAUGGAUGUCCAUUCAACGUCAGUUGUGAGGGGCCAAAUGAGUGGAAAUCGAACAGCGAUAUAGCAGGAACUGGGGUAGGUCUCAUACCUCGCGAGGAUUCGUUCUCAUAUGCCUUUGGCGAAGUUUGCCCGCAAUCGCUUACCUCACUUCACCGUUUCAAGGUUCUCAUAGGCUUCAUGGGCACAGCUUACAUUGUUUUUGCUCUGAUAUUGGUCCACUACUUCGUUGCAUACGACCCAGAAGCCCCACCGCCACGGCAAAAUCUCAGCAUCGAACGCCAAGUUCGAUCUACUGUGCGACGAGUUCUUACUGGUGCGGGAACUGUCGCAAAUGCGCCGGUGGAUCCAAUUUAUUGGACCCCGAAUCCAAUCGAUGUCAAACUGUUGGCAUGGCUGAGGCUUCAGACCAGGAACGUGCUCAAAAAGUGCCGGAUCACAUUACCUACCGUUGGAACCGCCCGUUCAGAACGCAUUCAAAUGGGCUUCAACAAGUCCAUCUUGAGCAUGUGCGACGUCCAAAUCAUUACAGGAAUAAGCAUCCUUGCUAGCGGCUUCAUAUGCUUGGACAAAACUCUCUUAGCUAUUCACUGGGAAAUGAUAGUCUACUUGGCCUGGUUCUCUUGUGUUACUCACCUGUCCGGAUUGACGGUCCUGAGGAGAUACUUGCAGAAAGAAUCGUGGGCGAGAUAUAUUCGUUUGUCAUUGAUGCUCGUCCUCUUACUCAUGCUCAUCGUAGCCAUGGCGCCGACAGCUUUCUUCAACUGGGACGAGGGCGAGAAAAAGUACUACGCGUCCGCCGCUGACACGUACACGCCUGCAAUCUGCUUUUUCCACUUGAAAUGCGCAAAAGGCCUGUACCAAAAGCUGGAAACCGAGACACCAUUCAGUCAGACGCCUGCUUUUGUGGAAAUGCUCAUCUCACAAACGUUCAUCAUUGUCGGAUUUCUAGCCAGGUCUUUCAAGCUCUCGACGCGCUUAUCUGAAGGAAUGCACCGGAAUCUUCUUGUCCCCUUGGGUAAUUUUAUGCGUCGACGGUUGCAAAGACUGGAAGUUCUCUUGUACCCUACCGGCAUUGCAACUAGCAGAACAACGGCUAGUCAAGACUUCAACUCGUUGCGGUACGGAUUGAUCAUCAGGCCCGUAUUGGCAGCAAUAAUACUGGUCCGCACGCAAGCUGACCUAUUUAACUCCAUGCUGGGAGAAUCUCAGAGUCCACAGAUUCGGACUCACGGGUUCACAACAUGGGCAGAACACCAGCUUCUGAUUGUCAUCCGCACACCGGUCAUAGCACAGGUCAAAGCCAGCACAUCGACGAGGCUUCGAUAUCGAUGGCAAUGA